UUACGUGGUAUACGUGCAACGCUACGUAAGCGCACGCUCGUGAUCCAACUUCCUUUCCUUCUUUUCCUUUCUGGAACCAUUCUCCCUGUGGCAUUGCAAACGUUGGAUUCGUAAUUCAACCACAACGUUAAAAUGUCAGGAGGUUUAGAAGUCUUAGCUCUCAAAGAGGACGAUGUCACCAAGAUGUUGGCUGCUGGUACCCACUUGGGUGCCGAAAAUGUCAACUUUCAGAUGGAACAAUAUGUUUAUAAAAAAAGAGUAGAUGGUGCAGGUGUAAAUGUCAUCAAUCUUCGUCAUACUUGGGAAAAGUUGUUGCUUGCUGCACGUGCUAUUGUUUCCAUUGAGCAGCCCAGCGAAGUUUUUGUCAUCAGUUGUCGUCAUUCUGGACAAAGAGCUGUACUGAAGUUUGCAGCUCAUACAGGUGCAACUCCUAUUGCUGGACGGUUCACUCCUGGUGCAUUCACCAACCAGAUCCAGGCUGCCUUCCGUGAACCUCGAUUGUUGAUUGUAACGGAUCCAGCUACUGAUCAUCAACCAAUCACUGAAGCCAGCUAUGUUAACAUCCCAGUGAUCGCUUUCUGCAAUACAGACUCGCCGCUGCGUUUCGUAGAUAUUGCAAUUCCGUGCAACACAAAGAGCUUGCACACUGUUGGUUUGAUGUGGUGGCUCCUCGCCAGAGAGGUUCUUCGUUUGAGAGGAUCCAUUCCCCGUGAAACCAAGUGGGAUGUAGUGGUGGAUCUCUUCUUCUACAGAGAUCCUGAAGAGGCGGAGAAAGAAGAACAGGCUGCAAAGGAGAUUGCACCGGUGAAAGAAUUUACUGGUCCGGUCGAAACUGCUCCUGCUCCGGAUCCCGGCUGGGUGAACGAGGUCGAGUCGACCGCCGUGACGACCGACAACUGGGCCGACGACGUCGCACCGCCAGCGGCUGCUGCUAUUCCUACAGCAGGUCCCGCGCCGUCAUUCCAAACCACCGGCGACUGGGCUGCACAGCCUCCGGAAGAGUGGACGGCACCCGUAACCACACCUGCUGCUCAAAGUUGGGGAGGUGCAAGCAGCGAGAAGUGGUGAUUUAUGCCUGAUGUCUCAAGAAUGAUAAAAUUUGUAUUUUAUCCAUAAUAAAAACUCCUCUUAAAACGAGA